AUGACGUCACUCAACCGCAGCCAUCUGUAUCAACAACCAGUUCGUUGCCCAACCAACAAUCCCAGUCCAACAAAAAGCAGUUCCAUUCUAAUAAUCAGAAGGGAAAUAAUUCUCAGCGUCGUAAUAACAAUAAUUGACAACCAGUUUCGACUGUCUCUGGCAUCAAUCAUCAUAAAAACGAGACAGUCAGAAAAAAAAGUUAUUCCGAUCGUAGGAGUAACCGACCGUGAGGUGCUGCAGUCUGGCGGAAAAAAUUCACACUGCUCCCAACCACGUGACAGCGGUAAAUCCAGUCAUGAAGAAGAGAAAAAUCUGCCUGCUCGUAUUGCGUCAGCUAGUAGUGACAGUUUGCGGGUUCUGCCCCACGAGGCUACUAGUAGUGAUGGUUUGCGGGUUCUGCCUCCCGAAGCUGAUAGAGUUCCCCAUCCAAGUGUUAAUUCCACGAUGCUCCGGCUCCACAUUGUUCCAGCUGCUCCACAUCGGUCCAGCUGCUCCACAUCGCACCAGCUGCUCCACGAUGCUCCGGCUCCACAUCGGUCCAGCUGCUCCACGAUGCUCCGGCUCCACAUCGGUCCAGCUGCUUCACAUCGCACCAGCUGCUCCACAUCGCAUCGUUGGAUCUUCACACUAUCAUCACAGCACCCACAACUCAAAGCAAGUUGUUUAUUUAUUGUAUUAUAUUGUUUAUUAUUGUAAUAUAAAGAUUUGCUCACUGGCAAGUUAAGCCUACCCGCAAUUACAACUAAAUUUGAAAUUAAUUCUAAAAUAUAAAGUAAAGUUAUUUUG